AUGCGUGUUGUCGGUUGUGGAGGGCGACAGGGCGCCCAGUUUACGGCGCCGUUCUCGCGCGAUCUGUCGUACACGCCGCCGCAGCUGAUGAAGGGCUCGGAUGUGACGAUUCUCCAGUCGCUGCUGCUACGGUCGCCGCACGUGUCAGGCCUUGUGGCGUCGGGCGAGUACGGCGAGGCGACCAAGAACGCGGUGGAGGCGUUCCAGAGUGGCAACAAGCUGAGCGACGACGGGAUCGCUGGCGCCGAGACGACCAACCUCUUGCUCGACCUCCACAUGUACGACGGAUACAAGGACUCGGGCACGGUCCUUCCUGGCUUCAAGUACAAGGUGUACAUCCCGGUGUUCAAGAACCGGUCGGUCGAGGUCUCGGCCUCGCUGUACGAUGCCGACAACAACCUGCGGUUCUCGUUUCCGGUCAAGACUCACGGGCAGAAUGCGGCGGACGGCACGGCGCUCAACAUGCUUGCUGGGGACGGCUCGACGCCGACUGGGCUCAUGACCUUUGAUCUCAACACGCCCGAGGAGGACGUCAAGGACUUUGGACCGUACCCGGUCAACCGGGCGGUCCAGGGUCUCGCCGGCAACGCCGCCUUCCUCAUUUCGGACAUCCGCGACGGCAUCCUUAUGCAUACUGGUGACUUUGACCCCUCGCUCCCGCUGCCCAACUCGCACGGCUGUGUCCACUCGUGGCCGGCAGACAUCAAGCAGGUGUGGCAGAUUCUGGUCAACGACCUCGGCGUCGUCGUCCACAACAACACCUUUGGCAAGCUUCCGUACCCUUACAAGCCGCAAGGCCUGCUCUCGAUUGCCAUCGUCGACUGA